GAUAGGAAAGCACUGUCAGCUGCAAACCUGAGUAAAGCCUGCCUGCCUCUGCCCCGUUCCCAUUCCCCACCUGUCUCUACCCUUUUCUCCCCUUUCCCUGGCUCUGCCAGACUGCCGAUCGUCCUGGGCGCCAGCCUCCCAGCCAGCCCUGGAGGCGGGGCUUGGCUGUACCCUCGUGUGGUGGAGUUAAAUGCUCCCGCCGGCACCAGCGGCUCAGGCAGAGAAGCGGCACCAUGGCUGGCAAGAAAGUCUGCAUUGUGGGCUCUGGCAACUGGGGCUCAGCCAUUGCCAAGAUCGUGGGUGGCAAUGCAGCCCAGCUGGCACAUUUUGACCCACGGGUGACCAUGUGGGUAUUUGAGGAAGACGUUGGGGGCAGAAAGCUGACAGAGAUCAUCAACACGCAGCAUGAGAAUGUCAAAUACCUGCCAGGGCACAAGCUGCCCCCAAAUGUGGUGGCUGUCCCAGACGUGGUCCAGGCUGCCUCGGACGCUGACAUCCUGAUCUUUGUGGUGCCCCAUCAGUUCAUCGGCAAGAUCUGCGACCAGCUGAAGGGCCACCUGAAGGCCAACGCCAUGGGCAUCUCUCUGAUUAAGGGGGUAGACGAGGGCCCCAAUGGGCUGAAGCUCAUCUCUGAAGUGAUUGGGGAGCGCCUUGGCAUCCCCAUGAGUGUGCUGAUGGGGGCCAACAUUGCCAGCGAAGUGGCUGAUGAGAACUUCUGUGAGACCACUAUUGGCUGCAAGGACCUGGCCCAGGGACAGCUCCUGAAAGAUCUGAUGCAGACCUCCAAUUUCCGGAUCACAGUGGUGCAAGAGGUGGACACAGUAGAGAUCUGUGGGGCCUUAAAGAAUAUAGUGGCCGUGGGGGCUGGCUUCUGUGACGGGCUGGGCUUUGGUGACAACACCAAGGCGGCUGUGAUACGGCUGGGGCUCAUGGAGAUGAUCGCCUUCGCCAAGCUCUUCUGCCGUGGCCCUGUGUCCUCUGCCACCUUCUUGGAGAGCUGCGGUGUUGCUGACCUCAUCACCACCUGCUAUGGAGGGAGGAACCGAAAGGUGGCCGAGGCCUUCGCCCGCACUGGAAAGUCUAUUGAGCAGCUGGAGAAAGAGAUGCUGAACGGGCAGAAGCUGCAGGGGCCCCAGACAGCCCAGGAGCUGCACAGCAUCCUCCAGCACAAAGGCCUGGUAGACAAGUUCCCGCUGUUCAUGGCUGUGUACAAGGUGUGCUACGAGGGCCAGCCCGUGGGUGAAUUCAUCCGCUGCCUGCAGAAUCAUCCAGAACACAUGUGAGUGGGGCCAGGGCCCAGGACAGGCAGCUUUUUCACCCCAUCAGACACAAGGUGAAGCUUGCAGCUAGCAGGCCACCGGCCUCUCCAGGACUCCUCAGCAAGCAGUCAUCUCAGCUCUUCCAGGAGCCGGAGGCUGCGGCUCAGCUACACACCUGGAGUUCCGAACUGAGAGGCUUGCAGCCUCUUGCUGGAAAUGGAGCUGCCUUGUGUCUCUCCAGAUGCAGAGCUUUCUCCCUGGAGGGAGGGACGCAAUCAAGGCCCAGUGCUGCCUGCUCUCAGGGUGUGCGUGUGUGUGGGGAUUAGGGGAAGGGGCACCAGGACAAGGGCUGCCAGUUGCUGCCUUGCACAGACCAGGAAUUUGUCCGCGGACCCCAGGAAGCGGCUAAAGAAGUAUCUUAGCCAUAGGAAGGAUGAGGCCAGGGCCACCGGGGAGGGACCGAGUAUUUCAGCCGACAGCCCCAGGGCCCGCACAGCAUCAGCGGAUCUCAGCAUUUGGUAACAAAACAAAGCCCCUAAGCACCCCUCCCUGCUUCUCCUAGCAACAUUCACAUCCUCAGAAACCUCUGCUUGUCCCCGCUCCUCCUCCCUCAGGCUGCCCUGGCACAAUAGUGGCUCCCUGCUGGCACCUCUGCCCCUGGGGCUUGCUGUUCUCCCCAGGGCCUUUCUGGACCUGAGAACGUUGCCAGCUCCUCCCCGCCCUGCGUGACCUUUCCAAAUCUUCCUCUGCCCUGCCUGCCAGCACCCUUUGGGGAGCAGAAACUUAAUCUGCUGACAGCUACACCUUUUCUCAGCAAGUUCAGACUGCUGGGUCGGGUGACCUUUGUGCUUGCCCAGCCUCCCUGUUCGGAGCUCUGGCUGGAAGGGCACAGAGCUGGGCCCCUCCGGCUGUUCGUCUCCCCAGAGGCCACCCUGGCCCUCGCGCCCCCCCAGCCCUGCACCUCUUUCUCAACUGCCCCUGAGCAGCCAGGACGGCUAACCAGCACCUGGCAUCUGGAGGGCUGCUGGGUGGGUGCUGAUAUUCCAAAGCCAGCCCCUUCUCCUUGAGUGAGGGUCUCCUCAGGAGGUACUGAGCACUGGGAGAGCAGGGGCUGGGCAACUCGAGGAGGAGGAAGAGAGCCACGCUGCCCGCUGGGGUGAGGGACAGACAGGAGGGAGGAGAGGAGUGUGCUUUACACUGGCCUUGCUCCAGGGCUGGGUGCAGCAGGGGAAUGUCCCAGGUCAGCAGCCUAGGCCCCUAGCUAUAAAUAGCCCUGAGGGCUGAGGCUCCCCUGUCCAGCAGGGGUCUGCGCUUCCCCUUCCCUCUGGCAGGACCUGGCGCUGGGCAGCUUGGUAUUCACCCCCUCUCACUCCCCACAAACCAGGGUGUUCCUCUUGGCUGCCAUUCAGAAUUCGCUCUGACCGCGAAGGGCAGAGCUGCCCCGAUCAGGCUGCAAGAUGAGGGGCACAGCCACCCCAGGCCUGGCUGGGCGGGGUCCAGGUACUGACAGGAUCCAGAGCUGCCCUUCCCGGAGGUUACGGUGGGCCACAGGCCUUGCAACGCCUUUGCCUACUUCUGCUUAAUCCACAAUGAACUGUGAAUCCGAGGUCUGCCGUCGGGUCACCUGUGCACUCAAUAAAGCGUGGCUUUUCCAGUAACAGCUGA